GUGCAAUGUCGCCGGCGGUGAAGGUGUACGGGUGGGCGGUGUCGCCGUUCGUGGCGCGCGCUCUGCUGUGCCUGGACGAAGCCGGCGUCGACUACGAGCUCGUCCCCAUGAGCCGCGAGGCCGGCGACCACCGCAAGCCGGACUUCCUCGGCCGGAACCCCUUCGGCCAGGUCCCCGUCCUCGAGGACGGCGACCUCACCCUCUUCGAGUCCCGCGCGAUCGCGAGGCACGUGCUGCGCAAGCACAAGCCGGAGCUGCUGGGCUCCGGCUCGCCGGACUCCGCGGCGAUGGUGGACGUGUGGCUGGAGGUGGAGGCCCACCAGCACCACCCCGCGGCCGCCGCCAUAUUCGUGCAGUGCAUCGUGUCGCCGCUCCUGGGCGGCGCGCCGGACCAGGCGGUGGUGGACGAGAACGUCGCCAAGAUGCGGAAGGUGCUGGAGGUGUACGAGGCGCGGCUGUCGGCCUCCACGUACCUCGCCGGGGACGACAUCAGCCUCGCCGACCUCAGCCACUUCCCGAUCAUGCGCUACUUCAUGCAGACGGAGUAGUCGCUGGUGGAGGAGCUCCCGCACGUGAACGCGUGGUGGGAGGGCCUCAAGGCCAGGCCCGCGGUGAGGAAGGUAGCGGAGUUCAUGCCGCUGGACCUUGGGCUUGGAAAGAAGGCAGAGCAGUUGUGACAAGUUGACAACAACGCCGGACUGCCGGCGACGGGGACCGAUCGAACAAGGCACGGAGUCACCGGUUUUGCAUUGUACCGCUUUGAAGAUUUUUUUGUCUCACGCAUGAAUAAAAUGCAAUAUACUUCUUCUGUUUUAAAAUAAU